ACUAACAAAACUACCAUAACUUCCAUAUCUACAUAUUCAUUCUCUCUCUAUCCCUUUCUUUCUUUCUUCCCUCUCUCUCUUAAUAAUAAAAUGCCCAGCUUCUCUCCCUACCCGCUCCCGCCGGCCAUGAUCACCAUCUAACCAAAGAAAAAAAAAAAAACUAUUUUCUUUUUUCUUUCUUUGUUUAUUUGUGUGCUAUUAGCUCCUAAAUGGCCCACCAAAACCCAACAAAGGACACCUUCUCUGGUCCACUCCUUUCAGGUCCCGCUGCCUGUGACCCAUCGGAGACAGACCUCACAUGGCCUUUCGGUGACAUACACGGACUAGACCGCGACGACAUUAGAGAGACAGCUUAUGAGGUUUUCUUUACAGCUUGUAGAUCAUCUCCAGGCUUUGGUGGUGGCAGAAACAAUAUUACGUUUUAUUCAAACCACCACCACCACCAUCAUGGUGGUGGUGGUGAUGCUAAUAAUGGAGGAGGAGGAGGACCCAUGUCACCAUCAGGGUCUUCUAGCGGCGGGAGGGUAGGUGCUGGUGGUGGAGGAGGAGCAGGAGGAGGAGGAGGAGCUGUAGUUGUGUUGACACCAACAAGCAGGAUAAAACGUGCGCUAGGGUUAAAGAUGAUAAGGAGGUCGCCGUCACGGAGGAUGUCAAGUGGCGGAGGAGGUGGCGCAGGGUCAGGGCCGGGGUCUCCUAAUGCGCCGCCGCAUAACCAUAAUGGUGGUGGGUAUAGCCCUGGUACUGGGUUCAAUACCGUUCCGGCUUCCAGACCAAGAAGGCCUUUGACUUCUGCGGAGAUUAUGAAAUUGCAAAUGCGAGUCACUGAGCAGAGUGAUAAUAGAUUGAGAAAGACGCUUAUGAGGACUCUUGUUGGCCAAAUGGGAAGAAGAGCAGAGACAAUAAUCCUCCCACUAGAGCUGCUCCGCCACCUUAAACCAUCAGAAUUCAAUGAUAUGCAUGAGUAUCAUCUCUGGCAAAGGCGUCAGCUAAAAAUCCUAGAAACCGGCCUUCUCCUCCACCCAGCAGUUCCACUAGAAAAAUCAAACUCCUUUGCUAUGCGCCUUCGCGAAAUCAUUCGCGCCAGCGACACAAAAUCCAUUGACACUAGCAAAAACUCUGAUACCAUGAGAACCUUAUGCAACAGUGUUGUUUCCUUGUCUUGGCGUAGCCCUAAUGGUGCACCUACAGAUGUUUGUCAUUGGGCUGAUGGGUUCCCCCUCAACCUUCAUAUAUAUACUUGCCUCCUUCAAGCAAUAUUUGAUUUCAGGGAUGAGACAUUAGUCCUUGAUGAGGUUGAUGAGCUUGUAGAAUUAAUAAAGAAGACAUGGUCUACAUUAGGAAUCAAUAGACCUAUACACAAUCUUUGCUUCACUUGGGUGCUUUUCCAACAAUAUGUAGUAACUUCACAAACUGAGCCUGAUCUUCUUUACGCUGCACACGCAAUGUUGUCAACGGAGGUGGCUAAUGAUGCAAAAAAGCCUGACAGAGAGGCUACUUAUGUUAAGCUUUUGGCUUCUAUGUUAGCUUCGAUGCAAGGGUGGGCCGAGAGGAGAUUACUUCAUUACCAUGACUAUUUCCAGAGGGGAAAUGUUUUCUUGAUCGAGAAUCUUUUGCCUUUGGCUUUGUCAGCAUCAAAGAUUUUGGGUGAGGAUGUUACCAUUACGGAAGGAGCAGGGAAACAACCCACAAGAAUAGUUGAUUCAUCUGGAGAUCGUGUCGAUCACUAUAUUCGAGCUUCUAUAAAGAAUGCAUUUGCAAAGAUAAUAGAAACAGGAAGCUAUAAAAGUACAAGUGUGGAAGUGAAAGAUGAGGCGAGCGAGGCUCUUCUGCAAUUAGCUAAAGAAACUGAGGAUUUGGCCUCGAGAGAGAGGGAAAGCUUUAGUCCCAUACUGAAGAAAUGGCAAUCAAUUGCAGCUAGCGUUGCGGCUGUAACACUACACCAUUGCUAUGGGGCAGUCUUCAAGCAGUAUCUUGCCGGAAUGUCCACGCUUAAUUAUGAGUCAGUUGAAGUAUUGCAGAGGGCAGGAAAGCUUGAAAAGUUCUUGGUUCAAAUGGUAGUUGAAGAUUCUGCGGAUUGUGAGGACGGAGGUAAAUCCAUCGUGCGAGAGAUGGUUCCAUUUGAAGUUGAUUCAGUCAUAAUGAGGGUCAUGAAACAAUGGAUUGAGGAUAAGAUGAAAAAAGGGAGAGAAUGUUUUAUCCGAGCAAGAGAUUCAGAAACAUGGAAUCCGAAGUCUAAAAACGAGCCGUAUGCGCAGUCAGUUGUGGAGUUGAUGAAAAUAGCCAAGGAAACUCUGGACGAAUUCUUUGAAAUUCCUGUUGGAAUUACUGAUGAUCUUGUUUGUGAUCUCGCCGAAGGUUUAGAGCAUCUCUUCCAAGAAUACAUCAAAUUUGUAGAAGCUUGUGGAUCAAAACAGAGCUAUGUCCCCACACUACCUCCCCUAACAAGAUGCAACCGCGAUUCGAAGUUCUACAAGCUGUGGAAGAAGGCUACUCCGUGCAGUGUUGGCACAGAAGAGAUGUACCAACAUGGAGGAGCAACAGAAGCUCACCAUCCUAGACCAUCAACAAGCCGCGGAACGCAACGCCUUUAUAUCCGACUCAAUACUUUGCAUUAUCUUCUUUCUCACCUCCAUUCUCUAGACAAGACCCUUGCCCUUGCUCCAAGAACUGUUGCUUCAGCCCGUACUCGUCAUGCCAGCCAUCGCAGGCACCGCUCUAAUGCCUCUUCUUACUUCGAACAAACCCAUGCGGCUAUCCAAUCUGCUUGUCAACAUGUGUCAGAAGUUGCUGCAUACCGUUUAAUCUUCCUUGAUUCAAAUUCUGUAUUUUAUGAAACUCUCUAUCUCGGUGAUGUAGCAAAUGCUAGGAUCAGGCCUGCAUUGAGAACUCUCAAGCAGAAUCUUACUCUUUUGACAGCAAUUCUCACUGACCGAGCUCAAGCUUUGGCUCUGAGAGAAGUAAUGAGAGCCACAUUUAAGGCUUUCCUCAUGGUUUUGCUUGCUGGAGGGUGCUCUAGGGUGUUUUAUCGAUCUGAUCACCCAAUGAUUGAGGAGGAUUUUGAGAAUCUAAAGCGUGUGUUUUGUGUGUGUGGUGAAGGAUUGAUAAAUGAAGAGUUAGUAGAGAGGGAAGCUGACAUAGUUGAGGGGGUAAUAGCAUUAAUGGGUGAAUGUACGGAGCAACUAAUGGAAGAUUUCAGCAUUGUGACUUGUGAAACAAGUGGUAUAGGAGUAAUGGGUUCCGGCCAAAAACUACCCAUGCCGCCAACAACUGGAAGAUGGAAUAGAGCAGAUCCAAACACAAUCUUGAGAGUGCUGUGUUACAGAAAUGAUAAAGCAGCAAAUCACUUCUUGAAGAAAUCAUUCCAAUUGGCAAAGAGGAAAUAAAAGAAGAAGAUAAGAUGAACUUCUUUUUUGACAUCUUGUACAUUACAGCCAAGGUGAUUAUAAAUAUUAUGGUUCAUUCUGAUGUUAGUUCUUCCGGCAAUGUAACAGAACAAACAUUAAAAACAAAUGGAAAUGUGAGAGGGAUUACUGUAUACAGGAUUCAGUUAAAAGUUAAAUGCUAUAUCAAAGAUCUAAUAGCGGGGGGUCGACAGAGUAUUGACAUGUACUUGUUUUCGGCAUUAAUUCUUUGUAGGAAUAGGAACUGUUAAUGAAUCUGUGUGGUGGGGAACAUUUUCGUUAGGGAAAAAGGAGCAUGUGCAGAUAUUCUUUCAUUUUAUUCAUUUAAUUUUCACUU